AUGGACGUGUCUGUACAGAAGGCGCUGGCCGACAAGCUGUAUGACCGUCGCAAAGGAGGCGCCCUGGAACUGGAAGCCAUCAUUCGCGACUCGCUCGCCGCAAACGACCACGUCCGUAUCGAAAAGAUAGUCCACCAGCUCUGCCACGACUAUGCCUACGCCGUCCACCAGCCCCACGCCCGCAAUGGAGGUCUCAUCGGUCUGGCUGCUGCUGCCAUCGCUCUUGGAAUCGACGUCGCUCGCUACCUCCGAGACAUAGUCCCUCCGGUCCUGGCCUGCUUCUCCGACCAAGACGCCAGAGUGCGAUACUAUGCCUGCGAGAGCAUGUACAACAUUGCCAAGGUCGCAAAGGGCGAGAUCCUCAUCUACUUCAACGACGUCUUUGACGCUCUGUGCAAGCUGGCUGCCGAUACCGAGCUCUCCGUCAAGAACGGCGCUGAACUGCUCGACCGUCUGGUCAAGGACAUUGUCGCCGAAUCUGCCGCUUCUUACGUCUCCAUCCUGGACAAUGAGCUCGAUCUCAACAACGAGGACCCCUUUGCCGAACAACCCACUGCCUUUUCUCUCGCCAGAUUCAUCCCGCUACUUCGCGAACGCAUCUUCGUCAUCAACCCCUUCACCCGCACCUUCCUCGUCAGCUGGAUCACACUGCUAGACUCGAUACCCGAUCUUGAACUGGUCGUCUUUCUGCCAGAUUUCCUCGGUGGGCUGUUGCGCUUCCUCUCCGAUCCCAAUACAGAUGUACACACCACUACAAAAGUCUGCCUCGACCGCUUCCUCGCAGAGAUCAAGAAGAUUUCGGCCAUCAAGAAGGGCAUUGCCGAGAGCAAGAGAAGUAUCGUCGCCGAGAGCAAUCGCAAACCUUCGAUGUCCAGCAGAGACGGACUGGAGAUUGGCGACCAAGACUCAGAGGCCCAGCCCGACAACGUCGAAACAAAUCACAACGAUGACCAGGCAAGCUCUGAUUCGGCAUCUUUCGUCAGCUCCAACAUGGAUGAGAAGAACGACAACGAUGCUGGCGAUGAGUGGAUCCCUGGCCAAGAUGUCCAGAUUGAUCAUGCAAAGAUUCUUGACAUCCUUAUCCAAUUCCUAAACGACUCGGCUGAAGAAGAGAUACAGAUGACGACACUUCGCUGGAUCGAAGGCUUCUUUGACAUUUGUCCCGAAGACAUGCUCGCAUUUGUGCCUCGUCUCCUCUCACAAGUCUUGCCUGCGCUCUCGCAUCACGUCGACCAGGUCCGCCAGGCGGCCAACAGAGUCAAUACUGCUCUCAUGGCUCACAUCAUGUCGCUUCCCGAAGACGGCCAGCAACAACAGCCACCCAAGACUCCCGUCGAACCAACACGGAAAGACUCAAUACCCAUACGUUCACGAAAAGGAAACAGCCCGGACAUGCUGGCAGAAUCUACUGACCAAUUCGCCACGUCCGCUUUACCAAACCCACAACCUUCACCUCCCGUCUCGACCGAGCUCGACUAUGAAGCUGCCGUGAACUCUUUGACGUUACAAUUUCUCAACGAGCACGAGCAGACUCGAGUAGCUGCACUGGCCUGGCUGAUUAUGCUACAUCGCAAGUCACCACGCAAGACUUUGGCCAUUCACGAUGGAACUUUCCCCGCUCUCCUCAAGACCUUGUCAGACCCUGCAGAUGCUGUCGUCACACGCGAUUUGACGCUACUCUCGCAAAUCUCGAAGAACAGCGACGACUCGUACUUUACCUCCUUCAUGGUUAAUCUCCUGAAGCUCUUUUGUACAGACAGGAAACUGCUUGAAAUACGAGGAAACCUUAUCAUUCGUCAAUUGUGCUUGAACCUCAGCGCCGAACGCAUCUACCGCACCCUGGCAGACUGUCUUGAGAAGGACGAUGAUGUUGAGUUUGCGAGUAUCAUGGUGCAGAACCUGAACAAUAAUCUCAUUACCGCACCAGAGUUGGCCGAUCUCAGGAAACGCUUGCGAAACCUCGAGAACAGAGACGGCCAGACAUUCUUUGUCACCUUGUUCAGAGCGUGGUGUCAUAACGCUGUAGCCACGUUCUCGCUCUGUCUGCUCGCUCAAGCAUAUGAACAAGCUUACAACCUGCUGCAAAUCAUCGCAGAGCUCGAGAUGACCGUCAACAUGCUGAUCCAGAUCGACAAGCUGGUGCAAUUGCUCGAGUCGCCUGUGUUUACCUAUCUUCGCCUUCAGCUCCUCGAACCAGAGCGCUUCCCUCACCUUUACAAGUGUCUUUACGGUCUUUUGAUGCUUCUACCGCAGUCUUCGGCAUUUGCAGCGCUUAAGAAUCGCCUGAAUAGUGUCAGCGCGAUUGGCUACUUGCACAUUGCCCCAAGAACACCAAACCGCCUCAAGUCCCGAGAAGAUCCCGGCAUCAAAUGGUCAGAUCUGCUGGAGAAAUUCAAGUCCGUACAGGAAAAGGCCCGCCGAGCACAACAACGCCCUCAACGCCUGACCACUCUCCCCAAUGGUCUCACUCUGCCAGACAUGGACGACGAUCUCGAGUCGCCUACAAUCAACAAGGAAGCGUCCGUGCCAACGAGAGAAAAAGCCACUGGUAGAUUGAGUGGCUUGGGCAGGCCUGGAAGCGCGGCGAGCAUAACCAGACCUGCUGCCACGCCGACACAAGGACAGGGGCAUCAGAAGAGUAGAAGCAGUUUGAGUCAGCUGGGGAGAUUCACAAGGAGUACUGCUGCAAAAGCCACAGGUGGGACGUUGAAGAAGUAG